AAGGAGGAUGUAGCCAUGGAAGGCAUCUCGACUACAAAGAGAGAUUACACAGCUCACGAAGUGUUGCCAAGGAAGAUUAAACUACGUGAAAUGUACGUCAAGAGUGAUAAGAUUAUGGAUUUGACCUCCACAUAUAAACAAGAUUAUAAUGCCUACCCUAUCUGUCAAGUACCUCCAUGCCUCCCCUAUGUGACAAGACACAUCCCCAUAGCCAAAAUGGAUACAAGAACCACUUAUGAAGAUGACUAUGUGCUAUGGAAUGAACCAAGGACAGAGAUGAUCAAACCAAACAACACAUUUUGCCCAUCAGAAGAAGCAUUUGACCACAGAACCAUUGCCCAGGAUGACUAUGUCUACAGGGGGCCAGUCACCACUCAGAGCUGCAAACCCAUGAAAAUGGACCAGAAAAGCAAGGAUCCCUUUGAGAAUAUGAGCAGUUAUAGAGCGAAUUAUGUGCCACAUCUUCUGGAGAAACCUUAUGUCCAUAAAUAUGAGGAAUACAAGGCCAACGAGACCCCAUUUGAUGGUCUCACUACCCACAAAGCCUCUUACAAGGGGCUGGCUGGUCAGCCAGCCAAGCUGGCAAAACCACUCCAGCUGAAGUUUCCCCAUGACCUUCCAUUUUCCUCUACAACCGAGUUUCAGGAAAAAUACCAAGCUUGGCCACGGCUUCCUGUUUUCAGAAAAAAACCUGCUGUCUAUCUUCCUCCUCUGGAGAAAAUGGACCUUCAUACCACUACUCAGAUAAAUUACAAGCCCCUAAAUGGCAAGCCAGCCAAGAUAUGUCGAACUUUUGGCAAGAUUAAUAAAAAUACGGAGCCGUUCAACAGCUCUUCUGUAAUGAAGGAAGACUAUAAGCCUUGGCUGUGCAAGAGACAAGAACCUAUUGUUCAUGCUGUGGAACUGACUUUCUCGUCAGAACCGAUGGAUUGCUUGACUACUUUUCAGACCCAUUAUGUGCCUCAUCCACUCACAGUUACAAAGAGCUAUAAACCUGCCUGGUCACGCCCAAAGCAUCACACUCUGCUAGAUGCUAAAACCAUCUACGCUACCAGCUACACACCAAAAGACAUUGUUAAAUGCUUGGGCUCCUACAAAGAUCCACCUGGUUAUGUCUUUGAGGGAACUGAUGCUGAUGGUCACAAGCUCUAUCUCCCUGCUUCCAAGAGUGAGUGCCCACAAGGUGAAAACUGAAGGAAAAAGAGAGUGAAUGCAGCCUUCUUGGAAAUGGAUUCAAAGAUCAGGGCCUCAUUGAGCUACAAAUGACAGCUUGAUUUUGUUUGUAGAUUUCUUUUCAACCAAUU